CUGCCAAAUAUUAAGAAUAUCAAGUGUGGAGGUUGUUGAUGAUAGGUAAGCAAAGCAAUUCAACUCGCAGUGGUCUUCGGUUCAGAACAGUUUAUUGAGUACUUGUACAUGAAUGUGUAGAUACGCGACAGGUGUAUACCGGGCUUCCGCGUUCCUGCGGCGCGCGUGGACCGACGGCUGUUACAAGCUUUAAGGUUAG